AUGUCAUCAAAUACUCUGUCGCCUGUGAUGCUGGCAUCACCCAAUGCCAAGAAUACAUCAUCCUCAUCACUCGCAUUAGCAUCGAAUAAUAGCAGUGCCAGUAACACAACCUCAUCAUUACUAAAGAUAAGACCAAGAGAAGUAGUCUAUCAUCCACCAUUUCAAGGAUACAAGUCAUUCGAGCUGAAGUUGCACAAUCAGAGCGAGCACAUCUUGGCCUACAAGGUCAAGACCACCGCUCCAAUCAGAUAUUGCGUUAGACCAAACACUGGUAUCAUUCCACCUGGUGAGAACAUUGAUAUUCAAAACAUCCCAUCGAUAUCAAUGAAGACCAAGGACAAGUUCCAAAUCCAGAGUACAAUAGUCAGCGAACUUAAUACAGACCCUAAGCUUAUCUGGAGCACAACACCUCAGACUCAGAUUAUGAAGCAAAGACUAAAGGCAGUGUUCUCACUGUCUCAGAACGAUAGCAGCAGCAACAGCAAUAGCGCCAUUGGAGGCAAUACAGACUCAAGUGUGCACAAGGGUGUGUCGUCGACUACCGGCUCAAUGCUGUCGGUUGCUGGCGCCACAGACAUUGACUCGGGCGACGAGGAUAAACUCUAUGAUACAGUACAUGAGCAUCAUCAACCAGAGCAAUCAGGCCAUGUUCCAUCAUCCACAACCUCAUCCUCCAAUGUCACACAGCCAUCCUCUGCCUCCUCCAACACCUCCUCAUCAAUCUCUCCCAGACACUCCAACACUCAACCAUCAUCACAGACCACUGGCCAAGAUGAGGACUCUUCAUCACAAUCAUGGUCUGGUCUUCUGAAAAAGAGGAACACUCCAUCCGUCCCCAACCCUCCAGUGAUCGUGUCUCCAGCGACCUCCUCCACUGAUGUAUUUAAAGAUAAGAAGGCACCAACAAUGGACACUACUCCAGCCACAACAAUCAACAACAGCAGCAGCGGCAGCACUCAACAACAUUCAGUGUCAUCAUCAAAGAGUGCGCCAACAGUCGACCAUCAACAUCAACAGCAACAGAUUGCUCAAGGACCGAUGAACAAUCUCAGUCAGACACAGAUGAUCAUUAUAGUUAUUGCCAUUGCACUCAUAUCAUUCCUAAUUGGAAAGCUACUCUAA